AUGGCACCCAAACAUGGUUUGUUCAACAAGCGCAUCUACAUAGAUGCUAAAGAACAUUUGCUUGGAAAAUUAGCUUCAUACGUAGCCAAAGCAAUCCUGCAAGGGAAUAAAGUUGUUGUUUUCAACUGUGACAAAAUCAACAUUGCUGGUAGUUUUUACAGGAACAAGAUUAAGUACUUGUCAUUCUUGAGAAAGAGAUGUAAUGUAAACCCAGCUCGUGGACCUUUCCAUCACCGUGCUCCCAGAUGUAUAUUCAGAAGAACUGUCCGUGGUAUGAUCCCUCAUAAAACAACACGUGGACAACAAGCUUUAAGGCGUAUGAAGGCAUAUGAAGAUAUCCCAGCUCGUUAUACAUCUCAAAAAACAAUGGUUGUACCUUUGGCUAUGAGAAUGCUGAGUCUGCAACGUGGACGUAAAUACUGUGAUGUUGGUCGUUUAUCACAUGAAGUUGGAUGGAAAUACCAACAUGUAGUGAAAGACUAUGAAGCACGUCGUGUAGAACGUGAAGCCAAACGUGCCCAGCGUUUGAAGAUCAGACACAAAUUGACCAGAGAAGCCAACAAGAAAGUAAAGAAGGUAGUCGAACCAUACAACCAAGUCCUGAGGGAUAGUGGUUACUAUGUUCCAGCUUUAGUUUGA